AUGGCAGACCCCGUAUGGUUGGCCAACAAUAACCUCACUUCAGUCUUAUUGAGAGACUCUUUCGGCUCCACUCAUGAGAUCGAUUCAUUGGAUGCAUUUGGACCCGGAUUACAGGCAUUCCUUAUCACUCUGUACUCAUUGACUACAUUUCUAGCGUUUACGGGAAACAGUUUAGUCAUUUUGGUUGAACUUUACGGCAAGAGGUCGGCCAGAAAUCUACGCAAAUUUCUCAUCAAUUUAGCCAUUUCUGACAUUUUGAUUGGUGUCCUAUCGGUUCCCUUCAUUUACACCGACUUUAUGCUCGGUCGUUGGAUUUUCAGUCCUAUUUUGUGUCCGAUCGCACAGUUCGUACAAUUGCUGUCAGUAUUUGUCACAACAUAUACUCUAACGGCUAUUGGAAUUGAAAGAUAUAUCGCAACCCUACACCCCCUGUCCAACACCAACACGUGGUUGCGAUCGCAUUGUAAUCUAAUUCUGGAGAUCGGAUGGCUUUUCGGUGCAACACUCGCCUCAGUGGCUGUUAUUCACACGAAAGCCGUUCCCUUCGACUUCAAGAAUGAGACGUAUUAUGAUUGUCGACAAGACGUCGGAUGGACUGAAAGUGAUGUCAAAGUUUAUAUUGUCUUCUCAUUUGUCUUCACAUUUGUAUUACCAAUGCUUUUCAUAACCAUCUCUUAUGGAGCCAUUGCUAGAAGACUAUUGAAGUGUCCGUUUCUCAACACUUCUUCCGGUGUUUUCUAUGAUAAACGAAACACAGAGUUCAUCAACAAAAUGAAGGCCGAUUUGUUGGAAUUGAUAGCAUCUGUAUUCCGUCGACUCUCGGCCCCACCGACCCGUACAUCAGAAAUAAAGGCCACGUCUUGAACAUCAC